CGUCUUUCGUCGCAAGGAAAAACUCGUCGUUUCCGUCGUGACCGGGAACCGCUCCAAAGACUUGGAACAUCUCAAAUUUCUUAUUCUUCGCGUACCCACCAGAUGUUCGGGAUAUUUUUUGAACAAAUGUUCUGGAAUUGAUUCAACAAUCUCCAAUUGGGGAAACAAAGAUGGGCGACUCGGGUACAAGGUCGAGGCAGCUUUUCGUCCCGCCAGCGUUGGAGUAUGAUGAUCCGUUGUUAAACGAUCUGGAGUGCAGUAUCUGUUACGAUAAGCCCCGGGAUCCAGUGUGUGUGACAUGCUGCGGCUGCGAUUUCUGCGAGGACUGCCUCGUGGGAAUCAAACAAGCACACGAAAAAGCAAAGCAGCAGUAUGACGGCACAGGUACAACUGUGAGCGACGAGCUUUCCUGCCCGCACUGCCGGCAGCCGAAAUUGCAAUGGGUGCCCGCGCGCGGGUUGAGGUCGAUUAUCGCGAAGGCGAACGCGAUUUGCACUGGCUGCAAGGCCACAUUCAACUUUUCCGACGCAGCGAUCCAUUGGGAGACCUGCCCUGCGAUCCGGUUCCCCUGCCCGAUGCGCGACCGUGGCUGUACCUGGUUCGGCGAAAGAAGCGCUGAGGAAGCGCACCUGCGCGACUCGUGCCACUACACGGACGCGGCCGCCGCCGCCGAAGCCCGAAAGAUUGUCUACAGUGAUUCUCUACACCAGGAGAAGAUCGCGGAGCUGCAUCGCAAAAUAGAAGCCCGGGAAAUCGCUUCCACCGGGACGAUCGUGACGCUAGGUCUCACCGGAGCAGUACUAGGUCAGCUGGGUUGCAAAUCUGCGUGGAGUUCGCGCCGUUGGCUACACGAGCAAGUCAAGGAGCAGAAGGUCUUGCUUCUGCGCAGUGAAGCCGAGGCAUUGGCGGCUGCCUUGAUCGCGGCCACCCAAGGCAAGAAGAAGCCGAAUGUGCUGGGCUGUGGUCCUGAAGAGCGUGAUGCUUUUGAUGAUGUCGUCGUAGAAUCGCGAGAAGAACUUCCAGAAGAAGAUCAUGUUCAUGCGAAAAAAAUCUGCAGUGUCUCCAAGGGCGCAGCAUCGUCAGGUGGAGCUGCAACAGCUGUAAGCAAAUCGACGGACACGAGUGACGAUUCUUGCGCUUCAGUGGUGCAAUGCGAUGAAGCUGCAACGUCCAGUUGUGGUUCUUUUUCCGACGCUGGUGGUACAAAUAGAAAAACACCGAGUAAAACAGAGGGAUCCGGGUCUCGUCCAUCGGCAGUAGGCGAGUUUCAAACUGAAGGUGUUGAACAGAAGGUUGACGAACCCAAGAGCCCCCCGAUCAAACAAGCAGAAGAUGAAACGUCUACCGCUAGUAUCUCUUGCUCGAGUGGGCACAUCAGCCACAGCUUCGGCCAGAACCAGGAGGAAAAUUAUGCUCCGUCCGACAGUGUGCUGACGGAUUGGGCGCCCGUGAACUACCUGGAAGAGCAGUUGUUCAUGUUGGUUUUGCGACCCGUGCGAGAACAUCGUAAGAUGCAGCGGCACGACUCUCUUCAUGCCGCCGCCCUCUCCCACCCCGAAGAGGGUCUCCAGCCGUGGGAGAGACAACACAUUCCGCGCAUCUUCUUCGAGCUUGCGAAAGUUUUGUGCCCCCAAGCUGCCGCUGCCGGGGGUAGUUCUUGUGGGGAAGAAGACGAGAGCAGCCGUGUCGAUCACUACAUCCCCUUAUUCCUCGAACCGUUCAUCGUUGACAAGCCGAAUCUGGUGUUUCCGAUUCAGGCGCCGACGCUUCCGGGGGAGCAAGAUCCGCUGGAGUUGAUGCGGAUGGAAAGGGGCAUGCAGGACGCGGACGCAAAGUACAGGCGGCACAAGCUGCGGUACCGGAUCGAACUGAUGAAUUUUCUCGAGCGGGAGUUUCGCGACGAGUUGAAGGCGUUCUGCGCCGCCCACGAUUUCGAUUUCUGGGAGCUGAUGGUGAACUUGAGCCGCGCCGGCGGAGACCGCGUCGAUCCCGCAGAACUGGAGAGACACGACAUUGUCGGGUUGCUGACGUUCGCGGAUCUCGUCGCCGAGUCGAAAAAGAUGAUGCCGCCUGCUGGUGCUGCAAAACCCGCUGCGGAUGUCCGGUACGCGAAGAAAAAGCAACAGACCUUCGUCGAUCAGGGCGAGAUCUACGAUCCAUUUUCCACCGGGGCGUUUUCGAAAUUCCCCGGGGCGGUCCUGGAGCCCCUCAUGAUCUACACUCUGGCGAUGGCGGUGCGAAACAUGUUGUGCCCGGUGGUGAAGCUCGGCAAGAAGAACCACUACACGGGGAGGUCUUUCGCUGCAGCACCAGGGGUGAAAGAAGUCGACUCAUCGACCUCCACACAGCUAGUGGGAGCUUUCGUCGUGGACGCCACCCCCAACACGAUCUGGGUUCCGUUAGCGGUGGUUUUGGAUCGCCUCCAAAAGCACUACCUGCCAAAGAGUGUGUUCCAAUACUUUUUCGGGUCGACCGACUGGCGUGAGUUCUUCUACGGCCCCCGAGCUGCUUCCGCCACGUCUUGUUCCGACAAAAUCAGAUCGCAUGCAAAAGUAAGCACCUCGACCUCGACGACGUCCAAAAGGUGCGGAAGAAUCACUGCGGAAGCGGUACAACAUAAAGUCGACGAGCUCCGACGGAUCAUGACGCUCGCAAGACUGCCAGUGCAAAUCACAUCGACCAGUAUUUGCCGAGAAGUUCUUGGCAGCUCGCCAGAUGGCCCCGAAACUCAACAGUUGGUGUUCGGCUUUUGGCACUUUGCAGCGGAAUAUCGCGAACCCGUGCAGAAGGCCGAUGUCGUGGUGGAAGGUGUUGGCACCUUAUAGGUGGGCCAGGGGGUGCGGGUGGUCGGGGUGGAGGAGUCAUCGGAGGGUACGAGGAUGAUCCGACUUUGCGGGCAGAGCCUCACUUUCAAGGUUCUUGCUGAAGUAAACCCGUAGCUGCGACGAAGAAGCGCCCUGCCAUCAAGAUCCCUUACCUGUCGACGAGUAAAAUGAAAUGAUAUUUAUGAAUGUGUUUUGUUCAAAAUUUAAUUUAAUAAAUGCCGUUUGAUAUUAGUAAUUUCUAGUAUCUUAGAGAAUCAAUAAUAAUAAAGACAAUGUUAGUGAUGUUUUAUGAAGAUCCUUCAGUCGAAAUGUAUGAUUCUCUAUCGUGACUGAUAUCUGUAUGUUGUCCAGCGCAAGAAUAACGAAUUUCAAGCUCCCAACUUGUAUCUCGAUAUAUUUGUGAUAUGGAGGUGAUGGAUAGCGAAGCAGAAGCUGAAGUUAUCAUUGCCGAUCUUUAUUCUAUUUCGAUUGCAACUUACUGUACACCUUGAAGCGAAAAUAAAAGAUUACUUGCAGAGAGAAAGAAGCAAGAAGAAGAAUUGAUCUAGAAAAAUUUUGUCCUCGGAAACAAGAGCCAUUGGAAGAGAAGUUGAUGGUGAGAGUCAGAAGAAGAUGAUGGAGAUGAUGAGGAUGUGGUGAUGGAAUGAAAUAGUGGAGAAAAAGGUGGAAGUGAAAAUAUUAGACGCAGGAGCGGAUCAUGGCAUGCUACACAGCAGAUUGUUUUUUUUUCAGUACAGCCGUAGUUGUUCGCCUUCCUGCUUCGCAACCUUUCAUCAUGC